AUUUUUUAAAUAUGGACAGAAAAAUUAACCAAAUUUUUUCGUUUCUAGUCGAAAUUACUAAAGUAAACGUUGAGUCUGGGUGGUAUAGAUCUUCCACCAUCUAUCUAAUUAUAUUUACCAGUUUGAUUGGAUUUCUGUUUAUAAUAUAUUUAAAAUGGAAAGUACAAGGCAAUCCGGCAGACAAUCAGCACAGAAACUUGGAGCAAAAUCAGAACCAAAGCGAUGUAGGUGUUGGCGAUAGCAAUAGAAUUAAUACUGUUGCAGAAGGAGAAUUAGUUGCUAAUCAAGGACUUACACGAGAUCAACCUAUUGUCAACAGUACUGCGAUGGAUCGCCGCGAUGCGGUUAAUAGCCAAAUUAGUUUAAAUAAUAAUACAGCUAAUUCACGUGGAACCAUAGUAAGUCGCACCACACUUCCACAAACUACUGAAAGUGUCGUAAGUCGCUUAUCUCGUGGCAGUGCCAUAGGUCAAAUCAGAUCAAAUGCAUCGCAUGAUAUUGGACCCCGCCAUCUAUUCCAUUCAGAAUAGCAGCAUCGAUGUGGUUUUUCUUUUUAGAAAGCCGAGACUUAGAGUGUACGCAUUAGUCAUAGAUGUUAAUUCUCUACGAACUCAUGUAGUUAAACCCAUUAAUGCGUAUUUUGUUAAAAAAAUUAGUUUUUAUAGAUGGGUAAUGUUAAGAUAUCGACAUAGGCGUAAGCGAUGUAUGAAAGUCGUAUUUUUGAAAACAUAAACUAUU